AUUCAUGCUAGAAAUAAUAUAGUACUCGUUUCAGCCGUAUAUUAAAGAUACUUUUAUAAGCUAAUUCUCAAACGAGACGGGAAGAGAACUAAAAGAUAUACUCAAAUGAACGAAAAAGAAGUAGACAAUAAUGGAAAAGAGAUAUAAAAGAUUGUCCAAAAUUUAGUACCCUGGCUGGUUACUUGAUAUUAAAAGCCUUGUAAUUUCUUCCGUUUCUAUUUAAAUAGAUUAUUAGAAAGAGGUUACCUGAAAAUUAAACUCACAAAGACUCUUAAUUUGAAAAAAAACCAGUAUAUUGUAGAUAUUAGUAUCUUAUACAGUAUAUAUACAUUAUAAUAACUGUUCAUUGGUUCUAUAAUACUUGGAGAACGUUAUGUUUCCGAAAAAUAUUCAAUAUUCGUUUAAGCCUAGCAUGUUGUUUAAGUAACUCGAAGCUUUAUUAAACUGAUAUUUUACUCCAAUCAAAAGUUUAGCUAUACAAGAUAUUAUUAAAUUAAUAGUUAUAAAGUAAAAUUAAAUUGAGCCCGCUAUGGAAAAUAAGGACGAGAUAAUUAGUCAAUGCCUCAGACGUAUAAUCGAAAAAUGGAGAAGACAACGUGAAAUUGAACGAAAGAAAAGGGAAAGGAUUAAUUUAUUAGUUGAACAUUUUAUUAAGACGACAAUACAAUAUCUAAGAAUUAAAUCAACGGCUGAAUGGUUAAGAUUUGAUAAAUUCGAUAUCACAGAGGAGAAUCGUAGAAUUUACGAUGUGAGAAUAUUCUUAGCUAAACCUAUUCACUGCGCUGCUUUUGAAGCCAAGGUAUUACAUAAGAAUUUGAAUCCGUCUAUAAUGGAAUGCAGAUUAUCAAGUAGCCUUAGUAAAGAUGAAGGUAGAAUUGAAGAGAAAUUUUGGAAACCCUGCCUUAAGAAUUCCUCAAAUAGUCUUACAGCCGUCGAAAUUAAUGAUUGGUUUACUAAAGGUCUUACUGCUGCUCUUUCAGUCCUCAUAAAGAAUGUUAAAAGGUUUAAUUUGACUUAUAUAGAAGAUCUAAAAAUAGAAAAUAUCUUUCCAAGUAUUUUACUUUCAAUUACUGUUUCUCUGAGUAGAAUUGAAAGCACCAUAUUGCACUUGAACCUAUUUCCAGCAAUCAAAAUGAAUAAAUGGCCAGCUCAUUUGACAAUUCCAAAUUUUUCUGCCUAUCUGACAGUAGGCGAUUCGGUGAAAAAUAAGAUUGACAACGGUGAUCAUCUAUGGUCCUUAGAAGCUAAAAAUUGCACGUCUUUAACAAAGAAUUGCCCUAAAGACGGUGAAUUAAAUUUUAACGUAUGGAAUAUUAGCUUCUGUGCAAUUGAAGACCAUCUCAUAAAAGGUAUAAGGGAAUUAAACACUGGUAUGAGUUUAGCAUUUGAUCUAAUAGAUAUUCUAAAUGAAAAAUUCGGUCAAGUCCUCUCCGAAUAUUCCCUAAACGCUAUGAAGAUUCGAAUAGCGAAAAAAUAUCUUUCCAACUCUUCCGAUAUCUUCAGGAUAUUUUUGCGAAUUUUAAAAAUGUACGACGAAACUGCCAAAUCAGGAAAUUGUCCUCAUCCCUUCCACAGGCAUAUUAACACCUUGUCAACUUUCGAAUCUAGCUACGCUGUUGUUUUCAUUGAAAAGGUGGAACAAAUCAGAACUGUAUUGAGCGACUAUACCGAUAAUUCGUUAGAUUAUGCAUUAUUCAAAAAUAUUGAACAAACCGACUCAAUCGACACGCAAGCCUCCGAUAACAGAGAUGACUUUGAGAGUUUCCUAUCCGACAGCGAUUUGAGUUCGAAUAGUCAAUUUCAGGAACUUGAGAGAAAAAUGCGUAGAAGAAGUUCCGUUAUAGAUACCUGUUCCAGACUCGACGUAAUAGACGAACUGGACGAAAUCGAUGAUUCCGAAUUAAUUUUCAAUAGAUUUCGUGGAAAUAGUCUAAAACGAGGUUCAUUAAAAAGCGUCCAUCAAAUGGAAAAUCAUGUGGAUAAAAAACGUAAAUCUAUCGAUUUAAAGACAAUUACAAAAGAUACUCCUAAAAGACAAGGGGAAAAGUACCAAAUUAACUCAGCGUGUGAUAAAAAGAGCCAAAUUAGCGCAACUUGUCGAAUAUUAUAAAGUAAAUACACAUUAUCAACGAAAUUUAGAAUUAUUGAAAAAUUCUUCUUGGCACACAAUUUUACAAAGA